AUGCCCCAUUCUCGUUCGGCUUCGGCUGCCUCGCUAGCUAGCUCCGUGGCGUCUCUAGACUCCAAUACUGAAGGACUGGCCCAGGCACCACAAACUUAUCAUUAUAGCCAUAAGUCCAGCGUAACUCCGGCCUCUUCAUCGCCCAGUCGUGAAGAACCGCUCCCUGACUUGGAGCAGGGCCUGACAAGGCUGCAUGCUGUGCUGGAGAAGAUGUCCAUCAAGGAGAUGAAAACUCAUGCUGUGGCUCGCUCUGCAAGAAGAGGUCUUCUAGCGCAACUUUCCAUCGUUCCUGAACUAGACGACGCUAGAAACUACACGCCCAAUAUCAAGUUUCUAAUUGUUAUCAUUGUGGCUUUUGCGGGUAUUACUGGUCCUAUGGGAACUUCCAUCAUCUUGCCGGCCGUGGGAGACGUGUCGGACGACCUAGAUACUUCGUCCUCGGUGGUCAAUGUUUCAGUGGGUAUCUACUUGAUCUCCUUGGGUGUUUUCCCGAUCUGGUGGUCUAACUUUUCAGAGAAACACGGCAGACGAAGUGUUUACGUUAUAUCGUUCAUCUGGUUCUUUGCAUUUUCCAUUGGCUGUUGUUUGGCCCCUUCAAUUGGUGCUCUUAUCGUGCUACGUCUUCUAGCCGGUGUGGGUGCUUCAGCCGUGCAAGCCUGUGGUGCUGCCACCGUUUCUGAUCUAUAUAUCCAAGAAGAGCGUGGUUACGCUUUGGGUCUUUUCUACUUGGGUCCGCUCUUGGGUCCAUUCUUGUCGCCCAUUAUUGGUGGUGCUGUGGCUCAAGCUUGGGGCUGGAGAGCCACCAUGUGGGUUAUGGUGAUCUUUUGUGGAAUCAACGUGCUUACCAUUGUAUUCCUUCUACCAGAAACAUUGCGUAAGGAGGACUCCAUGGCUGCUGUGCGUGAUAGGCUCAGACAAGAGCUCGGUUCAGCUAACGAGGGAGACCCUAACGGCCCCACUGAAGCUGAACUUACACGCUUUGCAACUAAUCUCUCGCAGAACUCGUCCUUGCGUCGCGAGAUCCUCAAUGAUGAAACAGCCUGUGAUCCUGUCAUGCCUACAUUAUCAAGGCUCACCACUAACCAAUCGGCGUACACUAAACGAAUCAAGGAACAAGAGAUGAUUCAAGCAGAGAAGAAGAAACCCAUCGACCAUACCAAAUGGUCUCAUAUCCUUUAUGACUACUUUAUUCGCCCAACUCAUGCCGUCAUUCUUCUCACUUACCCUCCUGUGGCACUCACAAUCUGCUACUCAUCCAUAUGUUUCUGUGUUAUUUAUUUUUUCAACAUCACCAUCACAGAAGUGUACGCCAAGGAACCUUACAACUUCAGUUCUGUUAUUGUUGGUCUUAUGUAUAUCCCCAACUCCGUGACAUACAUUUUGGCAUCCAUCUUUGGUGGUAAAUGGAAUGACCGUUUGAUCAGACGCCAUGCUAAGCUAAACAAUGGUGAUAUGAAACCAGAAGCUCGUAUUUCUUGGAACGUUAUCACCGCCAUGUGCCUUUAUCCCCCAGCAUGUUUGAUCUUCGGUUGGUGCCUCAAGUAUGGUGAACAUUGGGUCACUCCAUUGAUUGGAACGUCCCUUUUUGGAUUCGCUUCUAUGCUUAUUAUUGGUGUCACUGUCACGUACCUUAUUGACGUUUUGCCUGGUAAGGGUGCAACCGGUGUUGCCCUUAAUAACUUGGUUCGUCAAAUCCUUGCAGCAAUUGCAACCUUUGUCACCGUUCCUUUAAUUAACGCCCUUGGAACUGGUGUUCUAUUCUCCAUCAUUACCGGCGUUAUUUCCGUGUUUGGCAUCUCGUUGUACUUCCUUAAGCGCCUGGGAGCUAAACUUCGUGAGCGUUAUGAUAUAAUGGAUUAUUAUGAACGUCUCUAA